CCCCACCAACAACAGCCUUGCCAUUUCAACCAAGAUGACGAGUCUCAAACGAUCACUGGUUUCGGAUCCAUACGCCUCGAACAUAUCGAGCAAAGUUUACGUGCGAUCGACGAAAGCUGGCAAAGUCCAGAAGAUUGUUCGCGAAUUAUAUUUGCGACAAGAUAUUCCCUGCUCGUCGAAGCUAUGUACCGCCUGUCUUAAGAAUGCGCCCAGAGACGCGAGUGGAAUCUGUACGUCCUCCGACCUGCUGUAUUAAUAUGGGAAUAGUUUAUUAACGUAUGGUUGACUUACAGUGGCGCCAUUCGUCCUCUCCGCGAAACCUGCAGGUACGAAGAAAUAUACACAAGGACACUAUCUCGUCCCCGACACGAAUGCCCUUCUCAAUGCGCUCGAUCUUUUCGAACAGAAAUCUGCUUUCUACGAUGUCAUUAUUUUGCAGACGGUCUUGGAGGAGUUGCGCAAUCGGUCGAUACCGCUUUAUAAUCGCCUCAUUGGAUUGACGAAGAGUGAGGAGAAGAGAUUUCAUGUUUUUUUCAAUGAUUUCAGAUUGGAGACAUACGUCACAAGGGGAGAGGGAGUGAGUAUCAAUGACCGAAACGAUCGCGCGGUACGGAGAGCUGUGAAGUGGUAUAGUGAGCAUCUUGCGCAAGCUGUGAAGGCUGCGGAUGGAAAGUCUGGUCAGGUCCCCGCGGUGGUGAUGUUGAGUGAUGACAAGGAGAAUUUGAAAAAGGCGAAGAAGGAUGGGAUUGAUUCUUGUUCCCUCAGGGAAUAUGUGGAUGGAUUGGAUGAUGCGAAUAAUUUGCUGGAUAUGAUUGCAGUGGUUAAGGAAGGAAGAGAGAUUAAGGAUACGAAGAUGGUACAGAAAGUACACAAGGAUUAUCUGACAGUGUCGAAGAUGAUGACGGGGGUGAAAAAUGGGACUUUGCAUCAGGGUAUCUUCAACGUUACGCCAUACAAUUAUCUGGUCGGAUCGAUAAAGGUUCCUGCUUUCGAUAAACCCCUUAUGAUUUUGGGUAGAGAGAGUAUGAACAGAGCUGUACACGGAGAUGUGGUGGUUGUGGAAGUUUUGACCAAGGACCAGUGGAAGGAGGCGUCAACCAAAAUUAUCGAGGAGGAAACUAUUAAUAAGGACGAGAACGCGGAUGCCGAAGAUGGCGAAGCUGUGGUUACGGAGAGGGAGCAAAGAGCGCUACAAGAGGAGGUCAAGAGAGUUCACAGCAAAACAUCCGAAGGACGAGCACAACCUACUGCAAAGGUUGUCGGUGUUAUCAAGCGAAAUUGGAGACAAUGCGUUGGACAUAUUGAAGAGUCAUCUGUCAGCAAGUCAGGAAAACCACAAAUGGUGUUCUUGAUCCCUAUGGACAAGAAGAUCCCCAAGAUUCGUGUUAGGACAAGACAGGCAGCAGAAAUUGUGGGCAAGCGUGUUUUGGUCACCAUUGAUUCGUGGGAUGUAGAUUCGCGAUAUCCCGUUGGCCAUUUUGUCCGGUCACUCGGUGAUGUCGAAAAUAAGGCUGCAGAGACUGAGGCAUUACUUUUGGAGUACGAUGUUCAAUAUCGUCCAUUUCCAAAAGCUGUUCUGGAUUGCCUACCGGCGGAGGGUCAUGAUUGGAUAGUACCACCAAGUACUGAUGACCCUGGAUGGCAAGAUAGGAGAGAUCUUCGACAUCUUCAGAUUUGUAGUAUCGAUCCUAUUGGGUGCCAAGAUAUUGACGACGCCCUACACGCUAGGCCCUUACCAAAUGGCAACUUUGAGGUUGGUGUUCAUAUUGCAGAUGUGUCACAUUUCGUCAAGCCAAAUAGCGCAAUGGAUGCCGAAGCAAGCAUACGAGGAACAUCGGUUUAUUUGGUUGAUAAACGUAUUGAUAUGUUGCCAAUGCUCCUUGGUACAGAUCUUUGCUCACUAAAACCAUAUGUGCAACGCUACGCAUUCUCAGCAAUCUGGGAGAUCACACCUGAUGCUGAGAUUGUCAACUCUGAAUUUACUAAAUCAGUCAUCAAGUCGAGAGAGGCAUUUAGUUAUGAGCAAGCCCAGCUUCGCGUGGACGACCAAUCGCAACAAGACGAUCUCACUCUGGCUAUUCGCACAUUGCUUACGUUGUCCAAAAAGUUCAAGCAAAAGCGUAUGGACGCCGGAGCUUUGAGUCUUUCUUCUCCAGAAGUCAAAGUAGAAAUGGAAUCCGAAACUUCAGAUCCUAUUGACGUCAAAACGAAAAAGCAUCUUGACACCAUGUCUUUGGUCGAAGAGUUCAUGUUGUUGGCCAAUACUAGCGUAGCUGCGAAGAUUUACUCUGCUUUCCCACAAACCGCCAUGCUUCGUCGUCAUGGGGCUCCCCCAAAGACCAAUUUCGAAGAACUGGCUCUUCAAUUGAAGACCAAACGUGGACUUGAAUUAAGUGUAGAUUCAUCCAAGGCCCUCGCGGACUCGUUGGAUACAUGCAUUGAUCCCAAUGAACCAUUCUUCAAUACCCUCGUUCGAAUCAUGGCAACAAGAUGUAUGAUGGCUGCAGAGUAUUUCUGCUCCGGAACCCAAGCAUACCCAGAAUUCCGACAUUACGGUCUAGCGUCCGAAAUCUACACCCAUUUCACAUCCCCCAUCCGUCGGUACGCAGACUUGGUAGCCCACCGACAACUCGCCGCCGCCAUCGACUACGAACCCAUCCACGCUGCCGUACGUUCCAAGGGCAAACUCGAAGCCGUCUGCCGAAACAUCAACGUCCGUCACCGCAACGCGCAACUCGCCGGCCGUGCAUCGAUCGAAUACUACGUCGGACAAGCGCUCAAAGGUCGCAUCGUCGAGGAGGAAGGCUUCGUGAUGAAGGUCUUCAGUAACGGAUUUGUGGUUUUCGUCCCCCGAUUCGGGAUCGAGAGUCUUAUCCGCCUGAGGGAUCUUGCGGAACCGGAACCGGAGGGGGUCUUUGAUGCGGAGGAGUAUGUCCUGGAGACCAAGGGCAGUAGGGAGAUUCGAGUAGAGUUGUUUGGGAAGGUGGUGGUGAGGAUUAGUGAUGUGCUGGAGGAGAAGACGGGGAAGAGGGUGGUGAAGAGUGAGUUUGUGAAGAGUGGUGGGAAGGAGUGAAGUGAGGGGGUUUUGUGAGGAAAUGGGAUGUUGUGAAUUUAUGGUGAUAUAUCGUCCGUCCCUUUUUGUGGGUGCCCGUGUAUACCACUCAGAUAGUGAGAUGCUAGAUGAAAACAGAAUAUAACAUUUCCCUCGGAGCUCCC